UAUACAGCACAUGUGCAUUAGAAUUAUAUUGAAUGAUAAUCAAAAUAUGUAAAGAACAGGGGGAAAAAACAAUGUUUAUUUUUAGACAUGUCAGGUGCAUGGUCACAUGACAUAACAAUGGUGGAUCCUCAAAAUGAAUGAGGAAAUUUAUGCUCAGCUUUCAAAACGGCAGACUGACAUCCAGAGAAAAAACUUAACUCAGAUUUGCAGAUUGACAGUUAAAACACUGAUUGACAAGGCAUCCAUUACCAAUAUAGAUGAUGAUUGUGAAGAACUCAUUAAUUUUUGUGCAGCUAUAGAACAGAUCUUGACAUACAGACAGAAAGCACAAAGAACAUGGUAUGGUAUAGAAGAAGUUCGACCAUUUUGGGAUUUCAUACAGUCAGCAUGUCGCUAUAUUCCAAACAACUGUAUCACCAGUAUUGCUACACUUGAGAAUGUCAAGUCUCCAAUAGGAAAGGGUAGAGCCUGGAUAAGAUGUGUACUUAUGGAGAAGAGACUGUCAGAAUAUCUGUCUAAUGCAAUUCAACAGACAAAAAUUGUAAGGAGAUUUUAUCAAGAUGGAUCAGUAAUUUUGUCAGAAGAUAUCAAUGUUUUAUGUGGAGUUUUGCUGGGACUCAAUUCUAUUGAUUUUAGUUUUUGUUUAAAGGGUCAGCAUGAAGAAUUGAAAAGCCCUCUGUUUAUUGACUAUACACCAUACCUCAUUUUUCAACAAAGUGAAGAGAGUGCAAACAAAGAUUUUGAAGAGUUGGAAGAAUUAAGCACCAAUGCAGGCAGAACCUCUUCCUCUGUUGUUAGGUCAUCUGGUGAUUCAUGGGAGGUCAAAUUCAAAGAACUAGAAAGAACUCAUAAAACUAUAAAAGAACAAAAGGGAUAUCUAGAAGAGAUACUACGAAAGAGGGAGCAUCAACUUCAGGAUUUACAAAGAAAACAUGCAAAUUUGUGUAAUGUGUUCAAGAAAUUUGACAGUGAUUCUAAGAAGGAUCGAUUACAGAUGGAAAAUGUAGUUAUAGAACUUCAGCAUCAGUUGACCACUGUAACUACCAAGUGUGAAGGAGUAAAUACUAAGUAUGAAGCUCUCGUCACAAAGUUAAAGUCUGGGUUCAUAGACUUAGAAAUAGUUAACCCUGAAAGUUCAUCACCAAAAGAAGAUUCGCAUAAGCUAGACUACCGUUCAAGAGAUGUUUGUACUUCAAAUAUUCCUGAAUCUGCUGCAAAGCUUGUCAUUCCUGGUGCAAGAGGACUUAAACAGGAAAUGAAGGCAGAGACAGAAAGUAUGUUAGUCAUGGCAGGAUCAUUUUCAUCAGAGAAAAGUAGUGAGGAAACAUCAAAUAGCAACUUUACAAGAAAUGAUGAAAACAACAAAGCAUCAGAUGCAGAGGGAGCAAUUGUAAUAAAUUUUCCAGAAAAUGACCAACAAUCCCUUUCUUCAGCUGACACUUCUAGCAUUGUAGAGGAAAGUAUAACUGGUGAGCAAUCAUACACCAAAACAGAUAUUAUCAAACAAGAAGAAAAUCAAAAUACCACUGAACCAGGAAGUGAAAAGGACUCAACAGCUUCAGAAAAGUCUGUAGAGCUAGAAGAUUCUAGUUCUGAUGAAGAUUUACAAGUUACAACAGGAAAUAAUAAAGAACCAGCUCCUUCUUCCAUUGACCCAACAACAGAAGACAAUACCCAUGGAUCAGAGCCAGAAAGGGACACAUCAACAAGCUCACCAGAAAUUCUACAACCAUCAGAGGAAGAGAACUCCAAUGGAUCAGAAUCAUCUGUUAAUGAAGAGCAAUAUGACUUAGUAUCAGAUGAUUUGAGUAAAUUUGGUGGUGAAACUGCUUCAGAAGAAAACGAAAAUGCUACUGGUUAAAGAGAGGCAUUAUACAUGUGAAUGCAUUUUGAAAAGUUUGCAUUUGACAACUGAUGUCAUUAUAUUUAUGAUAGUCAAAAAUUAUAAAAUGUUGUUGUAUCUUAUUUCACCCUCAUUUGAAUAGAGACAAUUUGGAAGAGCAUUGUUAGCCUAAUUCCCUUAAAUAUGUGUCAUAUGAGACUGCUCAACAAUUAUUUAAAAAUAUUACCUUUUUCUAUGUUUGAUUAUUUGAAAUGAUAAAUGCAAUUCAAAGAUGAAUAAUUAUAAACUGAUUAUAUCUUCAUUUUUAAUUAUUUUACACAUUGAAAGGUUCAUCAAUGAACAGUCUUCUCUCUUUUGAUAAAUCAGUUAUGUUUUGAAUCAAGUAUUAGACUUCAAUUUUGUAAAAUGUUGGUAUUACAUUAAACUAAUGAGACUUAGUCGCCAUUUCAUUAUUCAUUAAUUUAAGAUAAUCAAUGUUAUUUGUACAUAGGAAAUCACAUAUAUAUUUGUUGAAAUAUUUUUUUGAAAAUAUGUCUCAUUCAACUCAUCAUCAUGUGCAAUAGUUUUAAUGUAUUUAAAAUUUCAGUUUAAAUAUUGAGCAUUAAUGUAUAAUGUACUAUCAGUUUAAAUAGAAAACUAAUCCUAUCCCAUGAAUAUUAAUGAAUAAUAUUUUCAUUAAAUUUUGUCAAUGUGAGUACUUUGAUCCUUUAACAAAAAUAUAUUAAAAAUUUCAAAAAUUUGAACCAACCGUUUAAUCAGAAAAAUUACACUGGUUACAUAGCAGUUUCACAAAAACCACAUUUGAUCAUUGAGAAGCUUUACAUUCCUUUUACAGCACAACAUAAUUAAAAUGUUUAGCUGACUUUACAGAGUUAUCUCCCUGUAGUGUUAGGUACCACUUAUUUCUAAUUCAUAUUCGUAGAUCAAUCUAUCACUGCAUCAGUCCAUAUCAUGUUUUUCAUAUCUUUCUUUAUAUGGAUUGCUGUACAGCUGUCAUACAAGAAACAUUUUACGGUGUGAAAUUGUGAUUGGACUAGUACAUGUAUCACAUUAUAGUAAGGCAUAAUUUAUAUUUAAAUAACAUAAUAUGCAUGCAGUUUUUCCUGCAGUUGCAUUUAAUUGGAAAUGUUUCCUAUAUUGGACAUGCUGCUCUUAAAAAAAAAAUUAACUUCUUUUCAAAUCAAACACCUAAACAUUUAAAUGUUAUAAACUUGAAUUACUGUAUGUAAAUGAUUUUUUUAAUGCAUGUUUGUUUAAUUAAACAGCAGGAAAUGUGUAAUUUUAAACCUUUGAACACUAGAAACUUGAGACUACAUUGAAAAUAAGUACAAUGUAUGUUGCUAAUCAGCUACCAUAUGAUUUUUUAAAUGCAAAAUUCAAUUAAAAGUGCAGUAGUUUUUCCAAGAUAGAAGACUAUUUUCUAAUAAAGUUUUGUUAAGUUGGUGCUAUUUUUUGUCACAAAAUUAUGUUAGUCACUUUUAUGUUAUUCUGAUUUAAAAUGUCAAUAGAAUUAUUAAGUUGAAAAAAGUAGUGCAUGGUGUUCUACUAACUGUUUUGGAAAAUGGGUGAUAAGUCGACUCAAUUUAUAGCCCAAAUAUGUUUUUUUGCAUAAUACAAUGCAAUGUUAUAUUUUAAGUUCACAAUGCACAAUGAAAGCAAUCUUGACCUUCUACUAGCCAGUGUACUUUACCUGUUGAUAUUUUACCAAUCUGAAAAGGCAUAUCAAUACUUAAUAAGUUUAUCUAUGUACUUCAGGAAAAUGUAAAUACUCAGUUUUCAAGUCAAACAUUGUAUGUUCAAAAUAAACAUAUUCAUUUUGAAAUUUGUGAUAUUUUUUGUAGGUAAAAAUUAAUCAUUCUGCUAGGCCAAAGCUUUCAUUUAAAAAGAACUGUUUUUGAUUAGGUCACAGUAAUUCCCUAGAUCUUUGAUAGGACACUUGAUUUUUGUCAUGAAGUUAUAUUGGUAUCAACACAUUUAUCAAGUUCUGUUUAAAUUUUAUUGUUUUCUCCCUCAGUUUUCUAAAUUUGUAUGCAGUUCAUUUGUUAAGUUUUGGUCUAGUUAUAGGAACAUUCCAAUCUUAAAGUGCUACAUCUAUAAUACUAAAAAAACGAGGUCCAAUUUGUCAGCCGUCAUCACGUAAAAACGAUGAAUCAAAGAAUUCAACUUUAUAUAUAACUAAUAUGGUACAAUGGUGUUGAUUAAAAAUUACACCACUCCAGGCCCCUUUGUUUUCCACGUAGUUAAUAAUGCCAAUAAUUAAGAAGUUGCGGAUCGUAUCCGACACCGAUACCAAUAGUAUUCACCUGUUACCUAUUACCUUAUAUGUACGUUCUGCAUCUGACAGGCGCACCAUCAAACGGUGUAUUUAGAAUUUUGCUGUAUACUGUUGAGUAAAAAAUACUCCAUUCCAGGCCCUUUUGUUUUCCAAAAUAUUAAUAUUACCAAUUAUUGAUAGGUUCCAGGUCGAAGGGUUCAAACAGAAAGAUUUUGAAAGCAGAGAAAACUGUGCAUCUUAUAAUCGGCAUGACUUUAUCAGAUGACAAUACCAAUACUAAAAUAAGGCAUACGCAUAGUUAUAUACUUUAAUUCAGUCACGGACCCGCGAUAUCACGGGUGUGUUCUAGUUUACCAUAUGAACAUAGCAAUGAUUAAACAAACUAUGUUCAAGUCAACUUAAAUUUUAGACAAUAUGUCUCAAUCACAUCAUUAUUAUUACACAAUGUCAGUUUCAGAUCAAGCAUCUUAUGAUGUAUUUUUGAUUAUAAGAAUCUUUGAGAAAAGUUUAAUAAAUCCUGUAGUUUACAGUUUCCAUGUAUGAUUUUAGCAAUGAUUUUCCCACUUGUAAUUGUCAUAUUCCACCCAUAUCCAGGCUCAGGGUAACACAUCUACAAAAUUAUUGAUAACUUCAACAAGCCAUUAUAACUUCCAUAUAUAAUUAUAUAAAGGGACAUUAUGUAUAAGUUGUAUAAAAUAGUAGUUCCAUGUUGACAGUAUUUACCAUAACCUUUCACACACACUUCAUUGGCUUAGAAAUACUUACACAUAACAAUUUUGCAAUAAAUGACCUUGACAUUAAUUUUAUACUGCAAUAAUGUUAAUAUAUGGAAAUGAGAAUAAAUGCAUAAUUAAUUUUACUUAAGGCUGCAUGUAAGGAAAAAAUGUCAUAAUAAAGUAUUGGAAAAAAUACUUGGAAUUUCUUGUAAAAUUUCAAAAACAUCAAGUGCAUAAUUUAUAGUUUGAAAAUCCAACUGAUCGGAGAAGCCUUGCAUUAUAAGUUAUUAAUCAUCACAAUAGAAUUACUUAAUGUUAAGCAAUAAUCAAUAAAUCAACCAAAAUAAGUUACCAGUUCAGAUCUACACCAAAAUAGUAAACAUACUAAACCAAAACAAUGCAGAAAACCAAGAUGGCGGCCUACAAAAAAUGGCUUCUUCCACCUGUUCCUACUGACUGCAGAUAUUUUUUAAAUGCUCACCAAACGCCUUCGGACAAGUCGAGUGUGCGAGGGCUGUAUAGCCAGUCAAGGUCGUUAAUAACUGAUCAGUCAGUUGUCUUCAUUUCAGUUUAAACCUUGAUAUAAAGGCUUUUCAGUAAAAAUAUUUCAAACAAGCAUUUAAGAAAAUGUAAUAUUUUAAGUUAAAUCUCAAUGAGCAUAUAUCUUAAUUGUUAAAGACAAUUUCUUUAAAAGGCUAUUUUCAAAGAUUGGCCUUCAAAUAAACAUGUCCCUAGGUGCACUAUGCAAUAAAAGAGGGUUGGGCUUCAUAUUUUGAUUAUUUGAAUAUUGAUAUUGAUAAAACAAAACCAAGCUGUUUAUUAACUAAAACGGAAAUUUUAAGUACACAUACUGGGUUGUUUAAAUAACAUAGAUGUUAUGAGAUUAAAGUUAAUGACCAUUUUAAAUAACUGUGAUACAUAUACAUUGUAUUGUACAUUGUCUGUAAUAUUGUUAUUAUAUAUUGAUUGUACUAAUUAAUGAAUUUGUUCAGUUGAUUGUUGUUUAUUUAAUAAAUUGAGUUGAAGCAAGA